AUGUCUUCAUAUUGUCUCGACGUUGAAUCGUUUAUAAGUGAAGUGAAGAAGUACCCAGAGUUAUGGGAUGUAAACAGUGAAGAAUAUCGAUUUAAAAAAAAGAAACAGCAAGCGUGGGCGCAAAUAGCUAAACUAUUUAUAAAUGAUUUUGACGAACUGCCUUAUAAAGAAAAGUUGGAUGUUUAUCGUAAAUUGCACGGGAAAUGGCGAAAUAUCAGGGAUUCUUUCGUACGUCACUUAAAACGGAAAUACGGUAAAAAAGGUUAUGUAUAUGCAAGACAUUUAGAGUUUUUAAACAGUCUUUAUAUAGAUAAACAGAAUAGUCAAUCGGGCAGUGACGUUGAGGCCGAAAAUGACAAUAAUGAUCAGAGUGACGACGACGAUAGUAAAUCCAAAAGAGUUAGUUUCAAAAGUAAGAAAUUCGAUAUAGUCACCGAUACCAAUAUGUGGGACAGUGAUGCAGAGGAUUCUCCGUCGACAAUAGAAAACUUAAAAAGGAAACGAAUUUCAAAACAGCAUAACGAUAUAGAAUAUGUAGACACGCCCUUUCCGGACACAGCCACAACUGCUAGUUAUACAACAAGCGCCGAAGACGAGGACAGAUCGUUUUUCGAAUCCCUAUUGCCCGCGGUUAGAGAAUUUAAUAUAGAUCAAAAAUUAGAAUUUCGAACUGAAGUUUUGUGUUUGAUUAAGGGUAUUAGGUCAAAAAAUGGCCGCAGACAGUAUAUUAAAUUAGAUCCGGUUACUGGUAAUUUUGACUAA